AGCCCAGAAGCCCAGGACGCUUUACGAAGCAUCUCUGGUCGUUGCCAGGAGAGGCUGGACAGCAGCCAGAAGCAGAGAAUAAAUGCAGAUUGAAGGACCCGGCAGAAGGAAGCCCGCUUGGAAGCUGUUGAAAUUCCAAGAUUGGCAAAAGAAGUCAGUUCCACCUCUUCACUCUUGUUUCAGGAACCGAUUGUUUCUCAGUCUUUGGAGAGAGAUUCCUUCCCCAGGAAAGUGAAAAUAAUGAACUUCUGGAAGUAUUGGUUUUUUGCUUUCAUGGGAGUCAGUGUGGUUAUUUUUGUGAUCCUUUACAGUGGCCAGUUAAGCCAACCGAAAAGUCACAGGAAUAGCUCCGUUGAAAGGGACUUGGGGAUACAUGCCUGUAAGGAUGCCUUAGAUGAGAAGUCAACCUUCUUGUGGGAAAAGACAUUGAUGUCCCCCGUGGGAAGUGUCCCUUGCAAGGACUACCUGAUCCAGAAUCGCUACAUCACAAGGCCUUUGUCGAAAGAAGAAGCCGAGUUCCCUUUGGCGUAUGUCAUGGUCAUCCAUAAGGACUUUAACACUUUCGAAAGACUCUUCAGGGCCGUCUACAUGCCCCAGAACAUCUACUGUGUUCACGUGGAUGAGAAAGCCACAAUUCAGUUUAAGAAGUCUGUGUGGCAGCUGCUCAGUUGCUUCAAGAAUGCUUUUCUUGCUUCAAAGAUGGAGCCUGUGGUCUACGCAGGAAUUUCCAGGCUCCAGGCUGACCUGAACUGCCUGGAAGACCUUUUAGCUUCUGAAGUUCCAUGGAAAUACUCCAUCAACACCUGUGGGCAAGAUUUCCCCCUGAAAAGCAACAGGGAGAUCGUUCAGUAUCUCAAAGGAUUUAAAGGGAAAAACAUCACCCCCGGGGUGCUGCCUCCCGACCAUGCGGUAAAGCGGACGCGAUAUGUCUACCAGGAGCACUUGGACAGAGGUGGUUCCUAUGUGAAAAAUACCGGUAUUUUGAAAACCUCCCCUCCCCACCAGUUGACCAUCUACUUUGGCACUGCCUAUGUGGCCCUCACCAGAGAGUUUGUCAAGUUUGUCUUCCAAGACCGAAGGGCCAUUGAUCUGCUCCAGUGGUCCAAAGAUACCUAUUCUCCUGAUGAACAUUUCUGGGUGACUCUUAAUAGGAUCCCAGGUGUACCUGGCUCCAUGCCAAAUGCAUCAUGGGCCGGUGACCUCAGAGCUGUGAAGUGGUUUGACAUGGAAGAUAAACACGGAGGCUGCCACGGCCACUAUGUCCACGGCAUUUGUAUCUAUGGAAAUGGAGACUUAAAGUGGUUGAUUAAUUCUUCAAGCCUCUUUGCGAACAAGUUUGAGCUCACUGCGUACCCCCUCACUGUGGAAUGCCUGGAACUGAGGCUUCGAGAAAGAACCCUGAAUCAGAGUGAAAUUGCGAUACAGCCCAGCUGGUAUUUCUGAUCCACUGCCACUCAAUGUCUGAAGGGAAAUCGCCUCUGGGAAGGAGAGCCUUUCUUUGGGAGAAAAACUUUGCCUGGGUUAUGUGAACAGUCUCAGGGCCAAGGUUAUAGCUUCAGGACCUGACUACAUAAUUACACGUCAAAAUGUCCGCUAGACACUGUGAAAUGUGCUGUCAGGAUGCUUGCACGGUGAUACUGGCCCUUAGGCCACUCUGACAGUUUCUUGAGGUUCAUUGCUCUUUCAGGCUCAUGUCCUGAUCUGUGAUAAAUUAAACUGUCGUCAGAUCUCUGCAUCAGAUCCUCAUCGUAGACAAAUGUUCUCAUGAAAAGGAGAUUGGUAGGUAAUACUAUUUAGGGAAAUAAGAAUCAAGUUUCUCUGAGGAAGGAAUCUUUUAUCACACAUCUGUAGCCUCACAUGAAUGGACUCCCCCUGCUUUUUGCUCAGCUGCAUGUCGGCAUACAAACUGCUUUCUGCGGAACUCUCCAAUCUCCUUUAGAACUUGAGCUGCUAGAACUGAGAACUCGGUCUUGUUUCCUGAGUUUCAACAGUAGCAUUUUCAAAUUUCCUGUGCCUACGGUGGUUUUUUUUUUUUUUUUUUUACGUUCUUUACGUUCUGUAUAGAAUGUAAAGUCAUUCACAGGAGACCAAAUUUAAGACAGCAGUCACUGCCUGCUACUUCAGUAAAAGAUCCUCAGGUAGUUCGCUUCUUGAAUAUCUGUCAGAGUGUCCUCUGAUUCCCUCGUCCAUCAUUUUCCAUUGAGAACAUGGAAGAGUUCUCGAUGAACGAAGAUAUUUCAAGAGGGGAAGUGCUAUUGCAUGCGCUUGACCAUUUCAGGGUAAAUCACUUCCCUUUUUUGCCUCCACCCCCACCAAAGUGGGGCUUCCCCAGUGGCUCACUGGUGAAGAAUCUGCCUGUGAUGCAGGAGACACGGGAGAUCUGAAUUCAAUCCCUGCGUCGGGAAGAUCCGCUGGAGAAGGAAAUGGCUACCCACUUCAGUAUUCUUGCCUGGAGAAUCCCAUGGACAGAGAAGCCUGGUGGGCUACUGCCCAUGGGGUCACAAAGAGUCGGACAGGACUGAGCGACUAAGCAUGCACAUACCUCUGAAGUGAUCUUACCUGCAAAACAGAGACCAAAUUCUAUCCCAUGAGCCUUUAAGGAGUCCACAGUGUUCUCUGGGUAACUUUGCAGUGCCUGUGGGGGUCAUAGGAGUGCCUGGAUUUUUAAAAGCUUCCAAUUGUGGGAGAGCCUCUUUGUCACUUAUGCUUUGUCCCAUUCAUCCAUCCAGUCCAUCAGUAAGUAUUUCUUUGGUGUCUAUUAUACACCAGACACAUGCAGAGACAAGAAGAAGUGAGAAGCUUUUUCACUCUGAAAAUCUUGGCAAUAAUGCCAACAUUGGAAAGAGAAUCUUCUAGAACUCCCGAGAAUCUCACAGAGUGUAUCAUUCCCCCUGGCUCCGUCCACCCCACAAGGCAUGUGGAACUCCCCUGACCAGGGAUCAAACCCAUGGCCCCUGCAGUGAAAGUGCGGAAUCCUAACCACUAGACUACCAGGGAGUGGCUGUAUACAAUCAGAGUGGUUGUAUUUUAACACAUUCAUGGUGGGCUUAUGGAUUGUCAUAUCAGGCCCCAGAUAUCACCAAUUACAAAGUGAGGCCUAAAUCAAUAAAGAGAAUAUUCCGAAGAGAGAAGGGAGGGAGGAGACAGAGGCCACAGUGAUUGUUUUCUAGGCAUCCUGCUUUCUCUUUUACAUCUCAGGGCAUUCAGAUCUCACAAUGCUCUUGCAAAACUCAUCCAAUUACCAAUUACCCCCAUCUUGCAGAGGAAGUGACUGAGGCUUAGAGAGGUUGUUAGUAAGCAUGAGGAACCGUGUUCUCUGAGAAUCAGGCUUCUCUUACUGGUCUCCUUAGUUCAUUUCCUAAGGUGGAGCAUCUCGAGAAGGUGAAGUGAAGCCAUAUUUAGCAUCCCAGAAUGGUCUCAGUCCUGUCACGUCAGAAAAAUGUGAAGUCUCCUUUUGUACUCUUUCCAGUUCCUUGAUAGUUAUUUAUUCUAAUGAAAAACAGCAACUAUAACUAAUGAUACAUUUAAUCCAUGCAAUGUUACUUUUUCUGCAAUUGUGCCUGUUGAAUGUUAAUCAUAUUUAACUUAAGGAAGCCCUUAAUCAUAUUUAAUGACCUUGAAUUUAAUGACUUUUAAUGAUUUCGAAGUAAAAUCUGUCUUUUUUCCUGUUGCCGAGAGAGAUGGAAGUGCACCUGGUGAUGAAAAGUCAAGGGGUAGGGAACACACCCAGAGCUAAAGGCAGAAUUUAAAAUCACCUUUUUUUUUUUUAACUUACAUCACACCACUUGAGAAGAGGAAUGCUUUACACUGGAUCUUUCUCUUGUAGAAGAAGAAAUCUUUUGGAAUAGAAGAUGUUUACAUGUCUGUUGUUGGUCAUUUGUUCUGUGUCUUAAAUUACUUUAAUGUUGGGAGAGUUUAAUGUUUGGACUAGUGGGUUUCUGCGGGCCCAUGGAGAUGCCCUGAAAAUUUUGUUUUUGAUGAUGUUCCAUGUUGUUUUCUUGGAAAUAAAUUAAUAUAUUGUUUUCCACACUGAG